CUCCUCCCCUCACGCCCUGCGGGGCGGGGACGAGCGGGGCGCGCGCCGCCAUGGACUCUGGCAGCGAGAGCCACGAGCUGAACGGUCUGGGGGAGCACGGCGAGGGCGGCGAGCGGCGCAGAACAUCACAGUGGUUUCAAAGAAAUGGACCUAUGAAUAUCAACCACUACGCAAAUAAGAAGAGUGCCGCAGAGAGCAUGUUGGACAUUGCCCUGCUGAUGGCCAACGCAUCCCAGCUGAAAGCUGUGAUGGAGCAAGGACCUUCUUUUUCCUUCUACAUCCCACUUAUCGUUCUCAUCAGCCUGUCACUCACACUGCAAGUUAUGGUGGGAGUGCUCCUCAUCUUCCUUGUAAAAUAUGACCUUAACAACCCUGCAAAACAUGGAAAGCUGGAUUUCCUCAACAACCUUGCAACAGGACUGGUGUUCAUCAUAGUAGUUGUGAAUAUUUUUAUCACUGCCUUUGGAGUGCAGAAGCCGGUUGCCGAGUCAGCAUCAAAACAGUAAUUACAAGAGUCCUGAAGCAUUUGUCCUCCCAUAGAUGCCAUUUGCGCUUGAGCCAGUUACCCUGGGACAAAAUGGGGAAAACAAAAUGAUCUGGAGAAGCUGAGCAUGCAGAGCAGCUUUCUCAAGUUUCAGACAACAAAAACGCUUGUGCACCUAACAAUUUCCAAUGUGUUAAUAUCUAAACUGGAAUCUAAGGAAACAUGGAUUUUGACCCAAGAACAUUGUUUCUCUGGAACAUUAGCAUUUCCGUUUCUGUAGAAACAAAUAGUUCUCCAAAGAAGUGGCGUAAGCUCGUCGAGCAAGGUGGCACUUCCCAGGACUUCCCAUUUUCCAUUCCUUUUGGGUUUGUGGCAGUUUGUCCUUUCCAGUGCAGUCAGAAACAGCAGGCAUCGCUUCUGGCGAAGUUGCAUUGCCCUUCGUUUCACUCGUUUGGCACCGAACCUCUGUGCUCCAUGGCCCAGCAGUGCUCUUCCUUUGCGAUGCGCAAAAAUACCUGUGCCUUAUUGUCUCUUUUUCCACUCUAGCUGAAGUGAAAGUGAGACAAACAGAAGCAGCAGGCGAUCGUUAGUGCAGCUGUGCCCGCAGGUAGCCAGUUGUCCUGUGUCUUCGUCUCUGGACCGCACUUAACAUUACCUUCUCCGUUGUGCACAGACACAUUACUUGCUGAUAGUUUCUUGCUGUUAACUGUUAUGCUCUGUGUUCCAUGCAUAUUUUUGGAAGCCUUUUUAGAAGCACUACCUUUUUCUACCCCCAACUGGAAAACUAGAGGAUGCUGGGUGAACUUCGCCUUCCGAACUGGCACUGAGAGCCCAACAACAAUUCAAGUAGCAAACUGAAAGAAGUUUAUCACUCUACAACUCACUUUUCCAUCUUCUCUUCCAAAGAUUGAUUGCUGCGGUUCUGUUACUCUUAUGAGCUUAUAAAGCAUCACUAAUUUUUUGGUUUUUUUAAGUAUAUAUAGAGAUAUAAAUAUCUUCUAGGUUCUUACCUGCUGGCUCAGGGACUGACACUUUUUUCUAAAUACACUGUUGCUAGAAAUGAUGUAGUUUGUAACCAUUUCUACAACAAAAGCUUUCCAGUCAUUUCAUUUCCAAAGCAUCGCAUCUGCAACUGGAAAAAUCCUAGUCUUCUAGGAGCAUGUUUACUUGCAGAAGCAGGCUUGUACUAAUACAUUUCCUUACCGUUAGUUUUUAAAUGCUCCCUUGCACAUGUUAAUAGAGGUUUGACUUCCACGUGUCUCAUCUCAUUUACAGUUUUUAUUGAUCGUGUUUCUCUCUGGUUAUGUCUCCAGGCCCAUCAUGUAUCAUAUUAUCAUUUACGUGUUCUGUAAGAAUUACUAACAGGAAACAAAUCAGAAACCUGUGUGAUCAGUAAAGGAAAAGACGUUCCUUCUUAUUUUUUAAUUUGUCUUUUGUUGCUUCAUUUCCAACUUAACCCACAUUUAACCAGUACCUGGCAGGCAAUGGUUUUAGUUGUGUGUGUUGCAGCCAUUUAAACAUUGCUCAGAACAAGCUCUUAAUGAACUACUGAGGACAAUUUGCCUUAUUUAUUCCGUAGAAACCAGCAAACUCUUGAAGGACUAUUCAGACAUACUUGUGGUCUUGCAGUUUCGAUGCUGUAGUGCAGUGAAUCAACUGGCCAAACAGUAGUGCUAGAAACCUUUCUUUUGGAGAGAAUAGGUGACUGUAGGCAGAGCCCUUCAAGCAUGAAACAUCAGGCAGUAAUUUUGAUAACAUCCUUGAAUAUAUCACCUUUGUUACCUCCCACCUUUCUACUCACUGGAGUGUUUACCACUGUUUGUAAUAUUGGGAUACUAGGAGAAAAUUCUUCACAGAAAGGGUUCUCAGGCACUGGAACGGCUGCCCAGGGAAGUGAUGGAGUCCCCGUCCCUGGAGGGAUUUAGAAGACAGGCAGAUGAGGUGCUCGGAGAUACAGUUUUAGUAGUGGACAGGUACAGUUGGACUGGAUGAUCUCAAAGGUCUUUUCCAACUAAGCAAUUCUAUGAUUCGGUAUUUUUCAUUGCAAGAUUUGCAUCUUUCUAGUUUUUUAAUCAAGACCUAAAAAUAAGAAGAAAUGUGUUCCUGGCACCUAGGUAAUCCUCUCGUUUCUUGACUUGCCCCACUACCCUUAAGUCAGACUCAAACAGUUGCCCGUGCUUUACAGAUGUUGGCUUUAUACUUGAUGGUGAUCUGGCCCAGUUUUCAAUGUAGCUUUCCAUUCCUGUGUGACUGAUUGCCAUGGCCCUCCCUUAGCAGCAAAUGUUCACAUUUGGCUUGCAACUGCAACACUUGAAAGCAGUCAGAGGAGGUACAGACAUACCAGGUCUUUUCCCAUUUAUUCCCCUUGUUAUUGGGCCAUAAUUUUUCAGGUCACUCAAGCAAACAAGCUGUUACAGUAGGUUUCUUCUGAGAAAGGCAGUAGCUCCUACUGCAUCUUUACUGCUAAGCUGUUGUCCAACAGAAACUACCAAGGCUUCUAUAUCCCGUCUCCCAGCAGCUUGUGGAACUAACUGGAUCCAGAGCGGUCACAUAGGGAACACUUACUGCGAACACUCACUUGUCAACUACAGAUUCCAAUGGACUUUGCAAGACACAGAUUAGGGGGACAUACGGGAGGCAAAGGAAAAAUACUUCUAGCCUGAACAUGUUGUUGAGUGCCAGGAGCUGGAUGUGGAGAUCGACGUUAAGGUGGUAGGUGUCCUCACUUCAGGUCUGCCAGAACCAGGCUCAGGACAACAACAAACCCCACCCUGUGGAUCCUUCUGCCUCCUGAGCUCCCAAAAGUCUGACUGGAGUAUCACAGCAGACACUCACAGCUUCAGAGAACCUGGUCUCUUCGAUCCAAACACACGAAAAACCUGAUUUGAAAGCCAUCCCUCUGACUACAGGACCCUACUGAGCAGCAGCAGUAUUCAACUUGCAUAUCUUCUUUUAAAUAAAAAGGAUGCUGGUUUAUUACCA